AUAAAUAAAUUGAAAGCAAACGACUUUCCCAAAGGUUAUAAAAAUAAGUCUUAAAAUAUAAACAUGAUUUCGCCAAGGCGCGCCAAAAUUACGUCACCUCUGCGUCAUUGGCGUGCGGCGGUAAACCAAGAGCGAAGGGCACUUUUCUCCAUGUAAAGUGAGCAGCGGAAGCGUUGUUCUAACUUCUAUUUAUGCCGUAUUUCUGGUGUCAAAUUAUGAAUAGUAGGCGACUCUAACAUUCGCUACGCUAGCUAGCGUCGUCUCUUGUCAGCUAGGGUCUUGUCGAAGAAGAAGGUGGCGGAGAAAUCUAUUGGGGAAAAAAUUGCCAAUCGACCUUCUUCCUGUAAAGUAUGUCACGCCCUACGCAUGUGGUGCAUUUGUGAGCAGCCAGGAUGGCAUCGGAGUCUGCUGCUCCUGCUGUCUCAACACCUCCAACCAUCGGCAGCACUCCAACCAAAAGGGACCACUACUGGCUUCGCUCCUUUAUAGCUGGAGGUGUGGCAGGAUGCUGUGCCAAGACGACUAUCGCUCCUCUGGACAGAGUCAAGAUUCUGCUUCAAGCACAGAAUCCUCACUACAAACACUUAGGCGUGUUUUCCACUCUCAAAGCCGUGCCCAAAAAAGAAGGGUUCCGUGGUUUGUAUAAGGGUAACGGGGCGAUGAUGGUGAGGAUAUUUCCUUACGGUGCGAUCCAGUUCAUGGCUUUUGACAAUUACAAAAAGUUGCUUAGUAAGCAACUUGGGAUCUCCGGACAUAUUCACCGCCUUAUGGCCGGAUCCAUGGCAGGUAUGACGGCGGUGAUAUGUACAUAUCCAUUGGACGUGGUUCGAGCCAGACUGGCUUUUCAGGUGACCGGGGAGCAUCGCUACACCGGAAUUGGCAACGCUUUUCAGACGAUUUAUUUGCAGGAAGGUGGAUUCUUUGGCUUCUACCGGGGGCUUACACCGACCCUUAUUGGAAUGGCUCCUUAUGCAGGUUUUUCCUUCUUCACCUUCGGCACUCUGAAAAGUCUCGGCUUAAAACACUUCCCCGAAAGACUGGGCCGACCGUCCUCGGACAACCCCGAGGUCCUGGUUCUCAAGACCAAAGUCAACCUUUUGUGCGGCGGCGUUGCCGGCGCCAUAGCUCAAACAAUAUCCUAUCCUUUAGACGUAGCUCGGCGAAGGAUGCAGCUAGGAUCUGUACUUCCUGACUCGCACAAGUGUGUCUCCCUGAGCAAAACACUGUCCUACGUCUACAAGGAGUACGGCAUCAAGAACGGCUUAUACCGAGGUCUCUCCCUCAACUACAUCCGAUGCGUGCCGUCUCAAGCCGUGGCCUUCACAACCUAUGAGUUCAUGAAGCAACUACUCCACCUAAACUAGAGGGAGAAGCCCACCCGAUACGUCAUCGGCUGGCAAUGACAGCGUUAGACAUCCAAUCCAUUUUGAAUAAUGAACAAAUGUUUAUUCGCUCCCACCAGUCAAAAUCGAUUGGAUGUCUCGAUUUCAUGCAGAAGAAAUUUAAACUGAAUCUAAGUGUCACAUUGGUUUUACUUAAUCAGGUUAACCUGAUGAACUUUUUUUCUUACAUUUUUGUUUACACAUACGGGUAUUUUCACUUGAUCUCAAACCGAGGAAAUACGCAAAUAUUUUUUAAAAUGAAAUUGAAAAAAAACUUCAAACUUCCAGAAUCAGUUCAAAAAUGACUUUUUUAAUUCAAGAAGUAAGAAAAAGUACAAAACCUCAUCUAGUCCUACCCCAAUUUAUCUCAUUAUUGUUAUUAUUAUUAUCAUAUUUUUUAAAUGUAAUUCAGUGUUAUUACAUUACAAUGGUGUCUUGACUUGAGUUUGUCAUUAAUGCAUGUUAAAAGAAAUCAUCUGUCCACAUUAAUUUAAAUGGAAAUUAUAUUAUACUAUUAUAAAAGACAACCAAUAAAUGGGAAAAUAUUGGACUUAAAAAAACAACAACACCAGUUUUAUGAUAAUUAAUGCGAUAUCUUGACAAAUUUGUGUCGGAAAUUCCAUUCGAUUUGACUUUGGGUCAUUUUAAUACGAUCAUUUUAAUACGAUAUGUUUACAUAUAACACAAUAUAGAAUUUUGAAAAUUUUGUGGCAUUUCUGACAUUAGAAUUUUUAACAAAGCCAUGUUGAUAACGCUUGGCGUUUUGUUCAAUUUCCAGUUCGAAGUAUCGUUAUUAAAAUCACCAAUUUUAUUUGGACAAUCUAAUGUUGAUGUAAAGUUAGAACCUUAAAAAAUGGCAAUAAAAUUAUUAAAUAUAAUGUAAAGAAUUUGAGUUUAUACUAAAUGCUUUAAUUAAUUGUGCUUUAUUUUCCCGAAGUGCACCAUUUAGCCACCAGGUGAUAAAAUAAUACUCAUUGACAAAAUAUCCAACAAGUAGCUGAUCACCAGAAAAUCUGGAAAGUCAAGAUACCAUGGUACUGUAUCCUGUGUUUCAUGACUACAGUAAAUACAACUGGCAGCUGGGAACAAUAUUAAAGUCAGCAAAUGAUCUGCUAUAUGUGAGGGGGGAAAUGACAUCUGUUUGUGAUAAGUUUGAUAAAACUGAAAUCAAAGUUUGCAAUAUUUAGAGUUCAGCUUUCUAAAUAUUUGGGGUGCCAGUAUCAGCAUAUUUGCCUUAUAUGCAGUCUAUUUAUCAAUUUUCAAAAACUGACUACUUUGUGAAUGCUUUCUCUUUUGCCAAAAAUCAAAUAUUCAUUUGUAAUCUACAGCAUUUGUGAUUUUUCAUGCUGAUGUCCAUAUUUGGAUCUAAGAUGAAUGUAGAUCCAACAAUUGCACUUUAACUGUUUACUAUUUAUUUGAGCUCCAUGCUGGCACUGGAUGGCAGUGUUGCUUGCAGUUGGUUUACAGUUUUGGAUGAACAAAUUUAUUAAUAUCUAACAUGUCAGAUUUUUUUUUAACUCAUUCAGUGCUAUUGACAGCAAUAGAUGAUCAAUGGCUCGCCUAAUUAGUUCAUUUAAUCCAAGUUAAUUGGGCCUCACACUUUUUUUUUUAAAAAAAGCUAAAUUAUGAAAAUAAUCAUCAAAUGUGGCAAUUUAUUUUUUCACAAAUUAUAUCAAAAAUGUUGAGCUGUAAUGUUUUGUUUUUCAUAAAUUAAAAACUUGCCGUUUCAUUGAUUUGUUUUUUUUCUUACCCCAAAAAGUCUUUCCGAUUAAGAAACAAUGAGCUUACAUAAGUCUUCACAAAGCAUGUUUCUUUUUCUCCAGUAUCAACAACAGGAAAUCAUGAAAUCAUCAAAUAUAUUUAAUACUGUAUAUGAUAUACUUGUAACAAUUUUUUUUUUUUUUUUUUUAAAGUACAAUGUGCCGCGCUACUUGAUCAAUUUGUUUUCAGAAAUGACUGAAAGAUGCCUUUGGAUGUAAAUACUGCAUUAUUUUGUGUCUGUUUGGCUACUUUGUAUUUUUUAAACAGGGGCUGACAUUAAAUGAUGUCCUGUUCAGUCCAUUCAAAA